GAGUUCUUGCCUUUUUAAAGAGCCUCCCGUGCCCACCUGCUACCAUAAAGUAGCAAGUGAAAAAGAAGACCCAAUCUCGAGUUCUCUCUUCUGGUUCACUGAGCUCAAGGUCUCUUCCAAAAGACUCCCCCCCUCUGCAACUUCUUCCGCCUCCAAUGGACGACUAUAACAGGUUUCACAUCCCGGCGUUCGGGAGCUGGGACUGCUACGACGGCCUCCCCUUCACCCAGUGCUUCGACGAGGCGUCGGCGAGGCAACCCGGGCUGCUCCGCUACGCUUCUUACUCCGUCGACCGCGACCUCUACGUCGCCGGCGACCUCUACCAGAACGACGUCGUCACUCCCGCCAUGAUCGUCGUCCCUCGUCGCCGCCGUCGACGGGCAAAAGUUGGUGACCCGAAUCAUGAUGCCAAAGAAAUGAAAGAGAAAAGUUGGGCCAGUGACUUUAAGGAGCCUAUGAGCCCUGCUUUUGUAUCGAGGCCAACCCCAAAACCAGUCGAUGAAGACCUGUACAAAAUCCCACCCGAGCUCCUUUAUGCCGAGCCCAAGAAGAAGAGAGGGUGGAGCUUCUGGUCAUGCUGCUUGGUGCCAACCUGUGCUUCAUGAAGCUGGGACAGAGAGAAGGGUCUGAUAGGAGCAAGUACAUAUAUCUUAUAUAUGAUGAUGAUUGAUGAUUAUGAGGAUGAGGGAUGAUUAUAUAGAUGAUCUAAGAGUACAUAGGUAAAAAUGUUUUUUUUUUUUUUUUU